ACAUGUUCUAGCGGUUCGGCCACCAGAAUGAUCGCCAUCAUAUAGAUGCACAGCGCCGCUACUGCUAAUCGGUCGCUUGUCUCGAACGGGACUACGCUUGGCUUCGCUCAUCACUGCUCAUCGCAUCUCCUUCCAAUCAGAAAGAGGCAGGCACGAGCGAGGCUAGUCCCAAACACCCUGGACGGCACAUCCUGAGUAUCAACGGAGUAUCUCAUGGUCGGUCCGCAUGUCUACCACUAUCAUUCACAAGAUAUAAAGUCAAUGCCACGAGCACGACCGUUGUCUUUCUUGCAUGACCUUUGACGACACUCUCGUUCUCUAUUCUCUUGCCGUUCCAUCACGAUCGCUCGGGGCUGCUGCAUCUUCUCACGGGACCUCCUCCUCUUCCUCUUCCUCACCUCAUCGCAUUCGCACACGUGACACACGAAGAUGCGUUCCAGCACAGUACUCUUCGCAAUCGCGGCGGCCAGCGUCAUUGACGCCGCUGCCGUCCAGCUCGACUCUCUCCGGGAAGUGCCAGAGGGAUGGGCCGCUGCCGGUCACCCCGACCCUUCCACACCCAUCUUCUUCCGCAUCGCCAUGACACAGCCCAACCAAGGCCUCUUUGAACAGACUCUGUCCGACAUCUCCACUCCUGGCCACGCGAGAUAUGGUCAACACCUCAAGCGCGAUCAACUCAAGGCUAUGCUGCGACCUGCGGCGGAUGCCACUGCCGCAGUCAUGAGCUGGCUGACUGAUGCGGGCGUCAGUCCAGAGGCGAUCGAAGAUGAUGGCGAAUGGAUCAACUUUGUUGCUCCCAACGUCACCGUUGCCGAGAAGAUGAUGGACACCGAGUUCGGCACCUACAAAAAUGACGCUGGCGUGAAGAGAAUUCGCACGCUACACUAUUCCAUCCCUGAGAAUCUGCAUGGUCUCGUGGAUAUGAUUCAACCUACCACUCGCUUCGGUCAGAUCCGUGCCCAGCGUACUACCUACUUCAGCAAGUCUAUCCUUGGUCAAGUUGGUGAACUUACCGAUGCCGUCAACUGCAAGACUUCCAUCACUCCCUCCUGCUUGCGAACUCUCUACAAGGUUCCCACCAACCCGGUCAAUGGUACCGGCGCAACCGGCUUUAUGGCCUUCAACAAUUUCUUGGAGCAGGUGCCUCGCUUCAAUGAUCUCAAAGCAUUUGAAGCCGAGUAUGCUCCUUAUGCCAAUGGUCAAAGUUUCAACACCGUCAGCAUCAACGGCGGUACCUUCGAUCAAUCAUCUCAAGCCGACAGUGGCGAAGCCAACCUCGACGCUCAGUACUUGCUUGCUCUUGGCGCUCCUGUGAAGAUGACCGCUUACUCUACCCCUGGCCGAGGACCAUUGAUCCCUGACUUGGAUCAGCCUGACGCGUCCAACAGCGGCAACGAGCCGUACCUAGAUUUCCUCAACUACAUGCUCGCUCUCCCCGAUAACCAGCUUCCCCACACCCUCUCGACCUCCUACGGAGAAGACGAACAAUCCGUCCCCUUGAGCUACCGCCUCAACGUGUGCAACCUCUUCGGCCAGCUUGGCGCUCGCGGCGUUUCCGUCUUGUUCUCCUCGGGUGAUACCGGCUGUGGUGCAGCCUGCCAGACCAACGACGGCAAGAACACCACCCGUUUCCUCCCCAUCUUUCCCGCCUCUUGCCCGUAUGUGACCGCCGUCGGUGGUACCUACAGCACCGCCCCCGAGCGCGCCAUCGGCUUCAGCUCCGGCGGUUUCAGCGACACCUGGGCGCGCCCGACCUGGCAAAACGCCGCCGUCAGCGGCUACCUCAACCAACUCGGCAACACCUGGGCCGGCCUCUACAACCGCACCGGCCGCGGCUUCCCCGACGUCGCCGCGCAGUCCAGCAACUUCCACGUCAUCGACAAGCAGACCGAAGCCCAACUCAGCGGCACCAGCGCCUCGGCGCCCGCUUUCGCCGGCAUCAUCUCGCUCCUCAACGCGAACCGUCUUCAGGCGGGCAAACCUCCACUCGGCUUCCUGAACCCGUGGAUCUACUCUGCCGGCUACAAGGGCUUGGUCGAUAUCACCAACGGUAAAUCUACCGGCUGCACCGGCCGCGACCAGUACUCCGGUCUUCCAACUCCGUAUGUCCCCAACGCCGGCUGGUCGGCGGUCACGGGAUGGGACCCUGUCACCGGCCACGGUACACCCGAUUACUCGAAGCUUUUACCGCUGGCUUUGUCCGCGAGCGGAAGUUCGAAGGGCAAGCGGACAGCGAUCGAAUUUGAGGCGUAGGAUGGGGAAAUUCGACGACGGUGGAAUUUGGGAUUAAUUUGAUAGAUGAGCCGUGAUAUGGCCGGCUCUGGAACCCUCGAGGGUUCCUUGUUCUUCUUCUACUUCUUCUCGGAACAUUCUUAUGAUGGUUCCGCCUUUUUAUGAUAUCAUGAUCUUACGACCCUACGGAAUGAUAGACUCUGAUC